GGAGAGGUCACGUGACCCCAGGGGUGGCUCCAGGACCCCGCGGCCACCACGGGGGGAGUGUCCCCGCACUGGGGACACCCCAUGGCCUCCCUCUCCAUGGACCCGCUGCCCCUGACCCUGGCACUGCUGGCGAUCACCGCGGCCACUGCGGCCACCACCGUCCCCCCUGGGGGCAGCGCCACCCCCGUGGUGGUGGCCCUGGACAUGGCCCCGGACUCCUUCGAUGACCAGUACCGGGGCUGCGGCCGCACCAUGGCCGCGGCGCUGCCGGCCCUGAACCGCUCCGAGCUGCAGCGGGGCGGUCACCUGGCCGAGGCCUGGGCUCUGGCCGCGGCCGAGUGGCGCGUCCGGCUGUCCCCAGAGUCCCCUCCGUCCCCUCUGUCCCCGAGCCAGGCCACGGCCCUGCUGGCCUACACGGCGCCGGUGCCGUUACACCGGGCGUUCAACGCGGCCGUGCGCGUGGCCGGGCGCUCCGGCCGGGAGUACCGGGACAACUUCCACUUCAAAGCGCUGCAUUUCCUGCUGACCGACGCACUGGCCACGCUGAGGGACACUCGGGGACAUCGCUGUCACCGCGUGUUCCGGGGGGUCAGCGGGGUCCGGUUCGAGGCGCGGCGCGGCCGCAGCGUCCGGUUCGGUCACUUCGCGUCGGCGUCACUGCGCAACGAGAGCUCGUGGGGCUUCGGGACGGACACGGCGUUCACGGUGCACACGUGCCAGGGCGUGCCCAUCCGCGAGUUCUCCUUCUUCCCGCACGAGGACGAGGUGCUGAUCCCGCCCUUCGAGACCUUCGAGGUCACCGGUGUCACCAACGUCACCGCGGGCGGGGGCGGGGCGCGGAUCGAGCUGCGCUCCACCGGCACCUUCAGCAACUACAACUGCCAGUGGCUGCGAGAGCAGCGCUGUGGAGACGGGCCCUGUGUGUUCGAUACGGGCAGGAGCACCCCCCCCACCUCGGAGGGCUCCUCCUGGCCACUACAGCCCUGGCAGUGGCCACCGGGAUCCUCUGAGCCACCAUGGCCACCGAGAUCACCACCGGUCAUUGUGGUCACCGUGGUCACCAAGGCUGCUGGCACCUCCCCCAGCCACGAGGCCACCGAGGCCACUGAGGUCUCCAAAGUCAUCAAGGCCACCGAGGCCACUGAGGCCUCCAAAGUCACCAUGGCCACUAUGGCUAUUGUGACCACCAAGCCAGGACGAGUUAGGGGACAACACUGGAGCCACCAGGUGCCACCAGGACAUUGGGACAAGAGAGGGGACAGGGGGACUCUGAAUGUACCAUCGCUUUGGUUCUUCACUUUUUGGUUUGGUUUUUUUUUUCCCAAAAUUUUAAUUUUUCUUCCCAAUUAUUAAACUGGAUUUGCCUC